GAUGAGCUUGGCUUUGUGAUGUUGCAGUUGUAGAUUAAAGAAAAGAGACGCCCAUGCUUGAGUUUUCCUCAAAUGGACUGUGAUUUAUAAGAGGUUUCGGCGGAUCCUACUUCUUCCUUAAAUCCUUCUUGUUAAGUGAAGGAACUUGGCCUAAGCUGUUCGUUCCUUCAUAUGGAGAUGGAGACGGAGACUUCAUGUACCCAAAGAGCCCCUCAAGAAGCUUCCAACUAUGAUGAACUCUUCAUGCAAAACACCUUGCUCUUUGCAGAUAGCUUGAAGGAUUUGAAGAAUCUUAGAGCACAGUUGUACUCGGCCGCAGAGUAUUUUGAGCUAGCAUAUUGCAGAGAUGGCCAGGAACAAUUAGUGGUAGAAACCUUGAAAGAUUAUAUCAGCAAAGCAAUCAUUAGCACUGUAGAUCACUUGGGUUCUGUUGCCUGUAAGGUUAGCAAUUUCCUGCAAGAAAAAAUUGAUGAAGUUUCUGGAGCAGAACUUCGAUUUUUUUGUAUGCAACAGAAAUUAAGGACAUGCCAAGAGUACAUUCAUUGCAGCGGCCUUUCAGAACAAUCUUUGGUGAUAAAAACUCCCAAGUUUCACAAGGAGUACAUAGUUCCAGGUAAAUUUGCAGGGAAAAAGCAUGUUGCCACUGGAAAGACUGGAUCUAUCUACCAAUGUGCUGAACAUGACUUGCAACAAUCUGCGAAUGUUUUGCCAGAAAAAGCUGGUCACGCAACAAGAAUGGAGCCCCCUAAUUCAUAUUUACUAAGGAAAUGGCAUUCUAGAUUGCCUACUGUGGGAGUGGCUUCUAAUUCUGGCACCUUUGCCUUUGCAAGGACUGCGUCCCACAAAGAAACAGGGGGAGGAGCAGUUUCGCCAUAUCGUUUUCUGCUCAGGCGCUCAGGAUCUGUCAGUGCCAAUUCAGUCAUUCCAAACUCCUCCAACAGCAGUAGACAGCGGUGGCCAUCGGAGCCCAGGAGAUCGGCUUCAUUGAGUGCCAAUGCUGAAAGGGACAGAACGAAAGAGAUUCAACAAUAUUCCAAGAAAAGUAAACCUCUCUUCAAAGCAUUGCUCAGCAUCCGCAGGCAGAAUAGAGAUGGGAGAGUAUAAAAUACAAGGAUAUCAACUGAGAGGAGAGGAGAAGAAGCGUAGUCAGGAGAAAUGCAUCACUGUAUUUCCUUUACAAGCUGCUGGUAGAUGAAUGCUUCAACUAAUCAUUCAUCACUAAUAAAAUGUAACCAUCACUGGAGAACGAAAAAUUAUGAAACGAUGAUUCAUUUAUGUAUAUCAACUGGAGCCAUUGUUAGCUUU